CUUGUUUUCUGGAAGGUAAAUAAUUGGUGUGUGUUUUAUUAUUUAAGCUGGUUUUUGCUCUCUUUCUUUUAAACCAAUUAGUUUCUCUAUUUCUCUCUCUCACACAUUACCAAGCUAGGAGAACUCAAAAAACCUCAGGAAUCAGAAAAAAAAAAUGGUGAAGAUUUGCUGCAUUGGAGCAGGUUAUGUAGGAGGGCCAACAAUGGCAGUGAUAGCCUUAAAGUGCCCUUCAAUAAAAGUAGUAGUGGUGGAUAUAUCAGUAUCAAGGAUAAAUGCUUGGAAUAGUGAAACACUGCCUAUAUAUGAGCCUGGGCUUGAAGAAGUUGUUAAGCAAUGUAGGGGGAACAACCUUUUCUUUAGCACUGAUGUUGAGAAGCAUGUAAGGGAGGCUGAUAUUGUGUUUGUAUCUGUUAACACUCCUACCAAAACUCAGGGCCUCGGGGCCGGAAAGGCUGCCGACUUGACCUAUUGGGAGAGCGCCGCUAGGAUGAUCGCUGAUGUCUCGGUUUCUGAUAAGGUUGUGGUGGAGAAGUCUACUGUCCCUGUUAAGACUGCUGAGGCUAUUGAGAAGAUCCUCACCCAUAAUAGCAAAGGAAUAAACUUCCAAAUUCUAUCAAAUCCAGAAUUCUUAGCUGAAGGUACUGCAAUCAAAGAUUUGUUCAACCCAGACAGAGUCCUGAUAGGAGGCAGGGAAACUCCAGGAGGCCAAAAGGCAGUCCAAGCACUCAAAGAAGUGUAUGCUCAAUGGGUGCCCGAGGACAGGAUCCUAACCACUAACCUUUGGUCAGCCGAGCUGUCUAAGCUCGCGGCUAAUGCAUUUUUAGCCCAAAGGAUCUCUUCAGUCAAUGCCAUGUCCGCGCUUUGUGAGGCAACAGGAGCUAAUGUGACCCAAGUAUCUCAUGCUGUUGGCAAGGACACAAGAAUCGGGCCUAAGUUUCUAAAUGCAAGUGUUGGUUUUGGAGGAUCAUGCUUCCAGAAAGACAUACUCAACUUAGUCUACAUUUGUGAAUGCAAUGGCCUACAUGAAGUUGCAAACUACUGGAAACAAGUGAUUAAGAUCAAUGAUUACCAAAAGAAUAGGUUUGUGAACCGUGUUGUUUCCUCUAUGUUCAACACAGUGUCUGGUAAAAAGAUUGCUAUACUUGGGUUUGCCUUCAAAAAAGAUACAGGAGAUACUAGGGAAACCCCAGCUAUUGAUGUUUGCAAAGGUUUAGUGGGGGAUAAGGCAUUGCUUAGCAUAUACGAUCCUCAAGUAACCGAGGAUCAAAUCAAGCGGGACUUAGCUAUGAGAAAGUUUGAUUGGGAUCACCCUGCUCAUCUUCAGCCUAAGAGCCCCACCGCGAGUAAGGAUGUGGCGGUGUGUUGGGAUGCAUAUGAGGCUACUAAAGAUGCUCAUGCUAUUUGUAUUUUAACUGAGUGGGAAGAGUUUAAGACAUUGGAUUAUAAGAGGAUUUUUGAUGGUAUGAGUAAGCCUGCAUUUGUGUUUGAUGGUAGGAAUGUUGUUGAUGCUGAUAAGUUGAGGGAGAUUGGAUUUAUCGUCUACUCGAUUGGUAAACCUUUGGAUCCAUGGCUUAAGGAUAUGCCUGCUAUGGCCUAGAUAAUUUCGGUUGCAUAACUGGAAGGAGGAUCUAAGUAAAGGAAGACAUUGCUAUUCUUUUAAUUUGUUAAGAUUUAUUAAUAUUUGUCAUAUUGGCUUUUGGAUUAUUAUUAUCAUUGAUAUCAAGUUACAAAUUUGUUAUAAAUCUUUUUUGUUGUUAUUAAUAAACAGUUGGUUCUCAGUUUUGUAUGAUGAAUCUUUUCCAAUAUGAGUUAUGAAAAGAUUAUUAUUGUGUUA